AUGUCUCAUAGGUGUACUACUUUUGGAUGUGAAAAGCCUGCCACAUUGCGUUGUCCGGAUUGCAUUAAAUUAGGAAUAACGGAAUCUUAUUUUUGUUCAAAGGAAUGCUUCAAAUCCUAUUGGAAAACGCAUAAAAAGUUACAUCUCCUUGCAGAGGGCAAGUGUGUGCUUCCUUCCUCUGAACUUGAUGAGAUUUUCAAUGGAUUUCACUUUACUGGACCUCUUCGUCCGGCUAAAAAGACUCCAUUCCGAACUGUUCCAGAUAAUAUAAAUCAUCCUGAUUAUGCGGAUACGGGUAUUCCUGUCUCAGAACGUGAGGCCAAAAGUUCUCAUUCAAUUAUUUCAUUGAAUUUGGAGGAGAUGGAUGGAAUGCGAACCACAGGAAAGCUCGCUAGAGAAGUUCUCGAUGAAGCAAUAGCCGCUGUGGCUGUUGGUGUGACAACUGAUGAAAUUGAUCGAAUUGUUCAUGAAGCUUGCAUUGAGCGUGAAUGCUAUCCAUCACCGCUAAAUUACUACAAUUUUCCAAAGUCAUGUUGCACAUCGAUUAACGAGGUCAUUUGCCACGGAAUUCCCGACCAGCGCCCCCUUGCCGAUGGAGAUAUUGUUAACAUUGACAUAACUACCUAUUUCCGCGGCUUCCACGGAGAUGUGAAUGAGACAGUUUUCGUGGGAACUCCUGAUGAGAAAGCCAUUCGAUUAGUUAAAAAUACCUACAAUUGCUUGGCCAAGUCUAUGGAUGCAGUUCGUAUAGGAGUAAAAUACCGUGAGAUGGGCGACAUCAUUACCCGAAAUGCCAAUGUUGAUGGAUUUUCCGUGGUGCGAACGUACUGUGGACAUGGUGUGCAUCGUCUUUUCCACUGCCCCCCUAACAUCCCUCAUUACGCUCAAAAUAAGGCUGUGGGCUCAAUGGCACCGGGUCACUGUUUCACAAUCGAGCCAAUGAUUAAUGAAGGCAAUUGGCGUGACGAAUUGUGGCCUGAUAAUUGGACAGCUGUUACUGUUGACGGUUUGCGUUCAGCGCAAUUUGAGCAUACCAUGAUAAUCGUGAAGCGAGUGGAAGGUUUUGAAACACCUGCUAUGCUAGAAGGCGGUCCGCCAUUGGAUGUUGUAACAGCUCGAACUAUCAAGGGUGAAGACAAGAUGGCGAAUGUUGAAAUACCCAAGGAAGAUGAACUGCAUUUCCGUCGUUAUGGACGACCUCACUUUGUUGACCAACUUUACGAUCUGAAAAUGGAUGUUAAAUCUAUUUUGGAACAAAAAGUCACUCCUAAUGCAACAUCUAAAUAA